GUCGAAAAAUCAAUUUGACAAAACCAAGAUAAAACGCAAUCAACCUGCUCGUGACGGAAUGAAUCCCAUCUCCCUGCCUCUAAAGUCGAAAAAUCAGUUCGACAAAACCAAGAUAAAAUGCAAUCAACCUGCUCGUGACGAAAUGAAUCUCAUCUCUCUACCUUUGAAGUCGAAAAAUCAAUUCGACAAAACCAAGAUAAAACGAAAUAAACAUGCUCGUGACGGAAUGAAUCCCAUCUCUCUGCCUUUGAAGUCAAAAAAUCAAUUCGACAAAACCAAGAUAAAACGAAAUAAACAUGCUCGUGACGGAAUGAAUCCCAUCUCCCUGCCUUUGAAGUCAAAAAAUCAAUUCGACAAAACCAAGAUAAAACGCAAUCAACCUGCUCGGCAGCGGAAAUUCUUGAUUGUGGCGGUCGACUACUUUACUAAAUGGGUGGAAGCUGAACCGUUGGCCAAAAUUACGGAAGAGAAAGUGAUCCAGUUCUUGUACAAUAAUAUCUGCUGCCGAUUCGGAGUCCCUAAAGUCCUGAUAUCGGACAAUGGAACUCAAUUCAAUGGAAAACGAGUAAGAGCAUGGUGCGAGAAAAUGGGUAUCGAGCAACACUUCGCCUCUGUCGCCCAUCCCCAGGCCAACGGACAGGUAGAGGUGACCAACAGGAUCAUUCUGAAUGGACUAAAAACGAGACUGGAAAAGGCUUCAGGAGCCUGGGUUGACGAGCUAACAUCUGUGCUCUGGGCGUAUAGGACCACUCCUAGAUCGACCACUGGCGAAACGCCCUUUAGCCUGGUAUAUGGGAUGGAGGCACUUCUACCAGUUGAAUUAGAGCUGCAGUCCCAACGAUCGAGCACUUAUGAUCAAAAGCAGAAUGAGGAACUCAUGAUGACCGCUCUAGACACUAUCGAAGAACUCAGAGAGCAAGCUUCGACCAUAGUUGAGGCAUACAAGCAACGGAUGAGGGCAGCACAUGAUCGAAAAGUGAAGAUCCGCCGAUUCCAAGUAGGAGACCUGGUAUGGAAGAGAGUAGAUGUGCUCAAGCAUGUGGGAAA